AUGUCUGACGAGAGUGUCAUUGCCCUUGGUGAAAAGUUCCAGCAAUUGCGCAAUCGGCCAGGCAAAUACGAUGGUGCUGAGUACGAUGAAAGCGUGGAUUCCUUUGAAGGUGAAAAGUACAAAGUUAUGAAGGGCUUGAGUGAUCAAUUGGGACUACCUGGAACACCAGCAGCCGAUGUCUUGGCACGUUUGGGGAAACCUGAUGAAUUGACUCCUUCGUUGCAAGGUGAACCUGCAGCACCGGUGAUGCCAGGUCCUGUGGUGGGUGCUGGUGCAGAUGCAGGAGUAGCAACAACCGCACAACAACAGCCACCCUAUUACUUUGUCUAUUAUUGGCGUCACAAGCACGAUUAUCUCUAUUUCAAGAUUGAUCCUAUCCAGGAGAAAGUGAUCACAUCCGAAUGGCAUAUGACCAAGGAUUAG